GAUUCACUACAAUAUUUUCUACUGUUUGUAUCUGAUGGAAAAUUCCUCUGGAAUUACUCAGCCUCCAGAAGAGGGAAGAGGGGAUUUGUGUUCCAGUGGAUGGGCCGAUGUCAAACUGACCCAUGAGCAGCAGAGGAUUUUGAAUCAUAAAAUCGAGCCUGGCCAGACAGUGAAAAUCAUGGCAUUUGCAGGCACAGGGAAAACCUCGACUUUGGUCAAGUACGCGGAGAAAUUCCGGGAGCUGAAAUUCCUUUACCUGGCUUUUAACAGAGCUGUGGUGGAAAAGGGGAAAAAGGUUUUUCCAAGGAAUGUCACCU